CCGCAGCGGACGUUUUUGUCUCUCUCGCCGCAGCGGACGCCGGCGGGUUUGCCUCCCCCGCGCCGUCGCGCGCUGUCCGCCGCUCCUCGCGAGGACGGAAGAUCUGGAGCCGGUGAGACCUCGUGGGCUGCCCCGGAUCGCCGGCACGGGCGACCCGAUCUGCGGGAUGACACGUCGUGGGCAGGGGGAGUUCGGUGAGCAUCUGGCGCCAACACGACGGGACCAUUGACUCGUUUAGUUAAGAUUUCUCCCGCCGCGCCAAAAAUUUAGGAGAAGAUCACAUUAUCUAGGUGAUUCGAUAGCGCUGGCCGCGCAGUACCUCUGUGCAAACAAGUUCCUUUCACGCAAUGUCAAAGCUUGGCAUUUUAGGCCGCAGUGGCGUUCCAAGAUCAAAUGAGGGCAUGAGGCUCAUAUUCUCAGCAGUUAUUGGUGUUAUGCUAGGUUACUUGUUUGGGAUUUCCUUCCCCACAGUCUAUAUAACCAAGCUUCACUUCCCAUCCAGUAUUAUCUCCUAUAUUGAGGAUAGAAACUCAGGUAUCACAACCCAAACAUUGUUGAAUCAUGCGUGGACAUUUGCAAAUAGUAAAAAGAGGAACAGUUCUGAGUCAAACUCUGACGAAAUUCCUAAGAUUUAUGUACCGACAAACCCUAAAGGUGCUGAAAGUCUUGCACCUGGCAUUGUUGUGCCUGAAACCGACCUUUAUCUUCGAAGAUUGUGGGGUGAACCUAGUGAGGAUCUUACUAGCCAGCCAAGAUACCUUGUUACCUUCACAGUUGGAUAUCCUCAAAAGGCAAAUAUUGAUGCAGCAGUCAAAAAGUUUUCAGAGAACUUCACAAUUAUGUUGUUCCACUAUGACGACCGGACUACCGAAUGGGAUGAAUUUGAGUGGUCAAAAAAGGCCAUUCAUGUGAGUGUCAGAAAGCAGACUAAAUGGUGGUUUGCCAAGCGAUUUUUGCAUCCUGACAUUGUUGCCCGGUAUGACUACAUAUUUAUCUGGGAUGAGGAUCUAGAUGUUCAACAUUUCAAUGCAGAGGCGUACAUUGAGCUUGUUAGGAAGCAUGGGUUGGAGAUCUCUCAACCUGGUUUGGAACCUGAUAAAGGUCUGACAUGGCAAAUGACCAAACGGCUUGGUGAUCAAGAAGUUCACAAAGUAACCGAAGAGAGGCCAGGUUGGUGCACUGAUCCAUAUCUACCACCAUGUGCAGCGUUCGUUGAAAUUAUGGCAACUGUGUUCUCUAGGGAUGCAUGGCGCUGUGUAUGGCAUAUGAUUCAGAAUGACUUGGUCCAUGGAUGGGGUCUCGAUUUUUCUCUUAGGAAAUGUGUUGAGCCAGCUCACGAGAAAAUUGGAGUUGUUGAUUCUCAGUGGAUCGUUCAUCAGGUUGUUCCGUCACUCGGGAACCAGGGCAUGGCUGAGAAUGGAAGAGCACCAUGGGAAGGGGUUAGAGCUCGUUGUAGAAAAGAAUGGGGGAUGUUCCAAACAAGGUUGGCUGAUGCUGAGAAUGCAUAUUACUUGCAAAAAGGGAUCAUACCGCCAAAUUCAACAGCAUAGAUGAACAUACAUGCACCUCAGGUCUGAGUUAUGAGUCUUACACUCUUUACUGUCUUAGCAAGUUUCCAUUUUGAGAACCUGACUCUUGCAUACCUAGGAUGUUUUCAAAGCAGCUGCCUCUAUAUAGCUGCAAAUCUCAGGCCAUAUUUUUACAUGAGAAUCACUAGCUUUUGCCUUGUUUACUCGGUUUUAUCCCCAUCUUUUUUCAGGUUUUAUCCUUAUAUUUUUUUUGGUAUUGAGAUUAGGUAUAUAUUGAUGCAGGUAGCCGACGUAUAGUAAGAGUAUAGCGGAUAUGUUAUAUUAUUAUGUGCUUGGUUUACGUUGUUCGUAUCCAGUUUGUAUUAUUGCCCUGAUGCAAAAACAAAAUCAAUAUUAUUACUAGCAUUCCCUUUUAUCAUAUUAACAAUAGUGCUUUUUUUUCUAGCUUGGCUCACUGGUAUAGUUGUAUGUUGGCCGGUACGUCCCACUCCAAUAGACCUUGAUAGUUC